AUGAAGUAUUGGGGAGUGAAUGGGGUCAUAAAAGUCAAUGCAGUUGCCUAUUACGAGAAUCCUACCUUGCAGAAUGGGACCUUUGGUGUCAGGAGAUACUCUCAGAAAAAAGUCAUUGGCUUUAGAAACUCUCCAAACGACCUAAGCCAAACACAGCAGCAAAUAAAGGAAAUGAAAGAGACAUAUGAAAAUGCAGAAGCUAAAGUGAAUAAUUCCACUGGAAAGUGGAGCUGUGUAGAAGAGUGGAUAUGUCAACUCCAACAUGAAAAUCCGUGCAUUGAACAGCAACUAGAUGAUGUUCAUCAGAAAGAGGAUCAUAAAGAGAUAGUAAGUAAUAUCCAAAGAGGCUUUAUUGAGAGUGGAAAGAAAGACCUCAUGCUAGAAGAGAAAAGUAAGAAGGUAACGAAUGAAUGUGAUCAUUUAAAAGAAAGUCUCUUUCAAUAUGAGAGAGAGAAAGCAGAAAGAGUAGUGGUUGUGAGACAACUUCAACAAGAAGCGGCUGACAGCCUAAAAAAAUUAACUAUGUUAGAGUCUCCACUGGAAGGUAUAUCACAUUACCACAUUAAUUUGGAUGAGACACAGGUCCCAAAGAAGAAAUUAUUUCAAGUGGAAAGUCAAUUUGAUGAUCUUAUGGCGGAGAAGGAAGCUGUAUCUUCAAAAUGUGUCAAUUUGGCUAAAGAGAAUCAAGUUUUUCAACAGGAGUUAUUAUCUAUGAAAAAAGUACAACAGGAAUGUGAAAAACUUGAGGAGGAUCAAAAGAUGUUGGAAGAAGAAAUAUUAAAUCUUAAGACACAUAUGGAAAACAGUAUGGUAGAACUUAGUAAACUACAAGAAUAUAAAUCAGAGCUAGAUGAAAGGGUAAUGCAGGCAGUAGAAAAAUUAGAAGAAAUCCAUUUACAGGAACAAGCACAAUAUAAAAAACAAUUAGAGCAGUUAAACAAGGAUAUAAUACAGCUUCACUAAAUAAGAAGGAACUCACACUUAAAGAUGUGGAAUGUAAAUUCUACAAAAUGAAAACUGCUUAUGAAGAGGUUACAACUGAGUUAGAAGAAUAUAAGGAAGCCUUUGCAGCAGCAUUGAAAGCUAACAGUUCCAUGUCAAAAAAAUUAACUAAAUCGAAUAAGAAAAUAGCAAUGAUCAGUAUCAGCUCUUUAUGGAGAAAGAGCAGGUGAAAUAUUUUCUCAGCACUCUUCCUACAAGGCGAGGUCGAGAGUCACCUUGUGUUGAAAAUCUUACUAGUAUAGGACUCAAGAGAAAAUAUAUUCCCCAAAUGCCCGUAAGAAUUCCUACUUCAAACCUCAGACAUCAAAUAACUGCCAGAACUACUUGACUGAGCUGUUGCUGUAUUGGACACUUGCUCCCAUCUACUUUCUUCUCUAGAAUCCACGGGUAAGCCACAUCUAAUGAAGAGAAUAUUUAACCAUAAAGUCUUAAGGAAAAAUUGUAUGAUGAUUUAAAAGAUUAUAAAAUUUUAUUACUGGGCUAUUUACACAUUUUAAUUGUUUCUCAUAAAAUAUAUAACAUUCCAAUAUUUACUGAAGUAGGAUAUUUUUGUAUCAUAUGUAUGAUUAUAAUUUAUAGGGUAUUUUAAAUGAUGUUUUUUGGCCUCCUUAAGUUUUAAGUGGAUCUUGCAAAUGAAAACCAGUAUUAUUGAGUUUGACAUACUCAAAUUGCCCAAAUGUCAGCUGUUUAAACAACCAAGUCAUCAUUGAUACUUUAGUAAAGGUUAGUAAAGGUCAUCGAAGGCUUAUUUGCAUUUUACAGUUUUUAUUACUUAGGAGAGUUAAGGAGUACCUGCCAGCUUUGUCCAUGCUAAUGUUACAAUUUUCUUUCUGUAGUUCAACUGUAUUUUGUAUGGAGAUACUUUGAGGCUCUGUAAAUAUCUGGUUACUCCUCAGAACCCACUAGAUUUAGCAUUUCAUGGAUGACUUGUGUUUGAACAAUUAUUACUAUGAUGGUUACCAGAUGAUUAUUUUCUUAUUCUCUUCUUUGUUCUACAUGGAGAAAUAAAACCAAUAAAUAAGGGAGAAGGAAAGCUCAUGAUUCUGAUGCUCCAAUUCCCCAAGAUUAGGCCAGUAGUAGACAUUCCAAGCUGACUUUAUGUCUCUUUGAUUUGUCUCCAUUACUCUGUCGGUACUUUUUUACUUUCUGGCAGAAGAUGUUCUAAGCUCAGCUUGUAUUUUCUCUGCGCCAGCUCUGGAAUGAGUAAUUUUUUUUAGAAGCAGAGGUGGAGCCACUGAGGAAGCACAGGUGAGCCCUCCCCAGUGUGUACUCACUGGUCCCCAACAGAAGAACCACUGCCACAUCCACUGAGGUACCAAGAAACUAGCAAAGGGCCUUCUGGCUGUCUGGGGAGAGUCCUCAUGUGGACCCUGGCUGUCUCAGAGGUUCUGGAUUAGUCUUCCUGUAGCCUCUGUGUUGUGUCUUUAGAUCGGGGCUCUGUGGGAAGGGCCCUGAGAGACCCAACAGCACAGCGUGCCUUAUCUGCCAAAUGUCCCUCCCUUCUUCACACUCUGACACUCAGGAAUAGGGUAGAUGGUGUGUCCAGGCAGUGUCAGGCCACCUCACUUUCUCCUUUGAGACGGGCCCAGAGGGCCUUUGGGGUGAGUGUGGAGCUGGGAACCUGGAGCCUGAGACCAACUGUCUCUCCCUGUAUCUUGGAGGAAAGGCCAUGUCCCAAAAAAAAACCCAGGGCCUGACCUCUGGGCACACAUGCAGGGAGGGAGGGUCUAUGAGCUGAGGGGGACAUUGUAAUGAGACUUUGAACCCCGUUGCUCCGGGGCCUGGUCAGUGGACCAUGGUCAGAGAUGACCUGGUCAUCAGGACCUAGUCAUUUGGGACCUGAUCGGCAGGGGCCUGGUUAGUGGCGGCCUCCUCAGUAAAGGCCUCAUCAGUGGGGACCUGGUGACCUAGUCAUUGGAAGCCUAGUCAGUGGGGGGACCUAGUCAGUGGUGGCUUUUUUAGUGGGGUCGGAUCUGUUGGAACAUAAACAAUGAAAAACUGGUUGGUGGGGCAUACACAAUAUAUCACAGGCCUGGUCAGUGUGGGGCCUUAGUGGCUUGGAGCCUGGUCAGUGAGGGCCUGGUCAGAGAGGGCUCGGUCAGCUGGGUACUCGUUCAUGGAGAAUUGUUCAGUGGGGGGUCGGGUGGGCAGCAACCUGGUAAAUUGUGGUCUUGUCAGUGGGAACCCGGUCUUGUCAAUGGGGACCAGGUCAGUGGAAAAUUGGUCAGUGGGGUCUGGCCCAUGAGGCCUAUUAAGUGUGGGCCUGGUUAGGAAGACAUGGUCAGUGGGGACUUGAUCAGUGGGACCUGGUCAAUGGAGGAGUGGUCAUUAGGGGCCUCAUCACUCAUCACUGGGAACCUGGUCAGGGGCAGUUGGUCAGUACCUAGCCUGCUGGCCACUAUGUGACCUCAGGCAGGGGGGUUGUCUGUGGAGCCUCCUUGCCUCCAUCUGCAGGGAAAGUGAGUCAGGGCACCCUGGAGGGUGGCUGGAAAGAGAAGGUGAGAAGAUGUGUUGAAUCCAAUACUGCUUGGCAGACCUACAACUUUACAAAUGACCUGUGUUCCACCUAGAGAGGGUGCCAGCCCUCUCAGCAUUAUGCAGUGCCCCUCCUCUGUCUGCAUCCCCAGGACCACCAUGGGUGGAGUGGGCAGAGAUUGGGGAGCACCUAUAGAGGCUCUAAUGCUCUAAGGUGACAGUGAUGAGGACCUGGGUGCACCCAUGAGUGGAGAAGCUAGGCCUGUCCAGAGAAGCAAGACAAACACACACAUACACACACACACACACACACACAGGCACACAUGCAUACACAAAUACAUUGCAUACACACAUGUCAGUUCAGGGGAUAGAGGACACUGACUCUGGGCCCUGUUGAUCGAGGCAGACUCCCAUGGUGGUGGGUUGUGUCACCCCACAAUGUCACUGUUGCUGAGUCCCCAUUGCCUCUGUGUUGUGGAGCAGUUAGAGACACACAUCAGUGUCUGUGAGUAGCUCUGCGUGAAGGACCAUUUUCUAGAUGAGAGGCACAUCUCAACACAGCUCACUGAUCAGAUUCAGGUGAGUGGGACCUGCUCUUUUCUCUUCCUCCUGGCUUGGGAAAAGUCACUAUCAGGUGGGUGGUUUUGGCCUCUGGGCAGCUACUGAGGGUAAUCGCUGAACACUCACCAGCUGCCUGUUAUGUGCUGACAGUCAUCUCAUUCAUCCU